GCUCUCCGCCCUCGUACGGCCAGGCAAUUCACCGAACAGCAAUGGACGCGCCUCCGCCCUCGCAACCGGAGGCCGCGGCGGCGGCGCCGCCCUCCUCGACCUCAGCUUCUGCUCCCUCUCCGGCGCCACCACCUACCCCACCGACUUCCGCCGCCUCUGCAGCACCCUCUUCCGACUCCACCAUCACCACCCCUACCCCGGACCCAGGUACCGCAGCAAACCCCGCUCAAACCCUAGAGGCCCCUGGCCCCAGCCCCGCUGCUGCGCGGCCGCGAAUGAGGCCUCCUUACACCCACCUGGCCUCGCCCAUCACGAUGUCCUCGGCCUCCUCUGCUGCCACAGCUGCUGCCUCCUCCUCGGCUUCCGUUCCGUCCUCUUCUUCCUCGGCACCCCCUGUGCCAAGGGGAGGGGUUGUUAUUGGGGUGCCUGCGCCGCGUCCCGCACAGACGCCCGCUGGUUACACCGGGUUCGUGCCGCCGCCUUCCCUUGCCCACCAGUUUGGAUCGAUGCAUCGCGGCCCAGACCAGCCCCCACCGCCAUCUUCACAGUUUAGGCAGCCUUCCCCUGGAAUUCAAAAUAUUGGGAUGGUUGGAUCCCUUAGCACAUCCCAGAUGCGACCAGGAAUAAUAUCUGGUCCGCAGCAGCCAAGACCUGGCCUUCCAUCAUCAACAACUCCAAUUCCAUCUGGAAGCCAAAUGCCCGGAUCACAAAGAACCCCCUCCCAUGCUUUAAUGAGGCCGAUGUCUGUGAGUUCUCCUUCUCCUUCCCCUGCUUUACAGCAAACUCCACAAAAUUCAUCAACAUUUAGGCCGCAACAAAGGCCACAAGUUCCACAACCAAGACCACAACAAUCUUCACCUGUGACUCCACAUCAACAGAACAUAAUUUCAGCACAGCAGCAGCAACUACCACACAAUCAGCUUUUGCAGCAGCAGCAGCAAAAGCAACAGCAGCAAAGUUCCUCGCAACAAACUCAACAGAAUACAACACCCAAAAAUCAGCAACAGCAUUCUCAGCAGCAAGCUGCUCGUACUCCAGUGACAAUGGCACAGAAGCCUGAUUCGCCUGCUAUAGCAAAAGCUACUGUUUUGCAAUCUGCGGAUACAGCUGCAACUGAUGCAGAUGGUAGUGAAACUGGCACUCGACUACUCAACAAGAGAAGCAUACAUGAAUUAGUUGCACAGAUUGAUCCUAACGAAAAGCUGGAUCCUGAAGUUGAAGAUGUUCUUAUGGACAUCGCAGAAGAUUUUGUUGAGUCUGUCGCUACAUUUGCUUGUUCUUUAGCAAAGCAUAGGAAGUCAAACACCCUAGAAGCAAAAGAUGUACUCCUCCAUGCAGAGAGAAGCUGGAAUAUCACCUUGCCAGGCUUCAGCGGGGAUGAAAUCAAACUAUACAAGAAACAGCACAUAAAUGAUAUUCACAGGGAGAGGCUUGCUCUGAUCAAGAAGUCAAUGGCGACUGACACAAAAAACUCUGCCGCCCAAGCUGCAACGAACCAGAAAAAUCAGACUCCGAAACCACCUGCCCCUGCUUCCCCAUGAAAGAUGUCUGCAAGCCCUGCAAACCUUUCGUGUUUGGACAGUGCGUCUGUUGUACUAUGAACCGUUGGUGGCAGUAUUGCUACUGUAGUAGAUGUGUUGCAAUGGUUACAUGUACAGAUGAUUUAUCGCGGGUGCCUCGUUAGUGUGAGCGGGUGUUCCUCGUUAGUGUGAGCGGGUGUUCGGAUUUAAGCUACUUCGUGUCACGUCGAAUCUUCGAAGGUUAAUUAGGAGAACUAAACAUGAGUUAAUUAUAAAACUAAUUAUAUGGAUUAUAAAACUAAUUAUAUGGAUGGAGGCUGACCCGCGAGAUGAA